AUGCUACACUGCGGGAAAAAACAUAUUUGUGCUGUUGUUGCGUGUAUUCUUAUUUUUGCAAGCAUUUUAAUCUGCUCCUGGAAAGAUCCUCAGCUACACAAUAAGAUAAGUAGAAAAAUCUUCCCCCAGGCAACAACCACUAGUCCAACAGGUCAGCUUUGUAGGGGAAAAAUUGCUCAAAAUGUAAUAACUCCAUUAAAAGAUAACAGAACUUUUAUUAUAUCCCCAUACUUUGACGACAGAGAAAGCAAAGUGACUCGUGUGAUUGGGAUUGUACACCAUGAAGAUGUAAAAGAGUUAUACUGCUGGUUCUGCUGUCAUCCCGAUGGUAAGAUAUAUGUAUCAAAAGCAAAAAUUGAUAUUCACUCGGACAGAUUUGGAUUCCCUUAUGGCGCAGCUGAUAUAGUUUGUUUGGAACCUGAAAACUGUGAUCCAACGUAUGUAUCAAUUCAUCAGUCUCCACAUGGAAAUAUUGACCAGCUGCCAAGGUUUGAAAUUAAAAACCGCAAGGCUGAGACCUUUUCUGUUGACUUCACUGUAUGCAUCUCUGCCAUGUUUGGAAAUUACAACAAUGUCUUGCAGUUUAUACAGAGUAUGGAAAUGUACAAGAUUCUUGGGGUGCAGAAAGUUGUGAUCUAUAAGAACAACUGCAGCCAUCUGAUGGAGAAAGUCCUGAAGUUUUAUAUGGAGGAAGGAACUGUGGAAAUAAUUCCCUGGCCAAUAAACUCACACCUCAAGGUUUCUUCUAAAUGGCACUUUUCUAUGGAUGAAAAAGACAUUGGCUACUAUGGACAA